CCUACUUCGGAGGACAGGCAUAAAAUAAGGAUAUGUAUCCCUGACUGUCGUUAUCGAUAGCAGGGCUGCCAUCCGCCAAGAAGGUGCACCUAACAUAUCCCCCUACGAACGCUUCCUCUUUCCUCAUGCUUUUUUUUGGAGAACCAUUGUUAAAGUGCUCAAAGCCAUCUCGUAUCCACAAAGCAAAACAUCCCGAGUUUAAAGAAGUUUACGAUUAUUCCAGACUCAGAUGGGAAUCGGCCUUGAAAUACCCGUCUUCGGCGGCACUGCUGCUUCAAAAGCUGUCGAGUUAGGUGCAUCGCGUAUCGAGCUUAACGCGAAGGGUUCAUAUUCCGACGGAGGCCUAACACCUUCGCUUGAGGAUCUUGAACGCGUAGCACAACUCCCCGUUCCCGUACGCAUUAUGAUAAGGCCGCGAGGCCCGCCAUCUGAAAAGGAUAUGCGCGAUUUCGUCUAUUCCGAUGAGGAGUUUGGCCAGAUGGAGGCCGACAUCCAAAAAUUCAAAGAAACAGGCUUGCUGAAUGAGGGACGCGGUGAUGGAUUUGUGUUUGGCAUAUUGAAAGAAGAUUCUCAACGUAAUGAUAAAUGCUGGGUUGAUGAAGAUAGGUGUUGGGUCGAUAUGGAUAGAUGCGUCCGUCUUGUUGAAGCAGCACGCCCUUUCAAGGUUGUUUUUCACCGAGCUUUUGACGAAAUAGUAAGCUGUGAUGAUGACGGAUCUGAUAUUGAUGCGCGCUACGCGUGGGAGACGGGACUUAACCAUCUAGCAAUCUGCGGCUUUGAUGCCAUACUUACAUCGGGCGGCAUUGGACAUGCAGUGAAUAAUGUUGUUAUGCUGGACAAGAUUAUCACAAAAGCCGAAACACGUGGUAUCGAGAUUAUCGUUGGCGGUGGCAUUAGGAAGCAUAACGCGAGAGAGAUUUCACAACGACUCAAUCUAAAUGAGAAGGAACAGUCAACCUUUGUUCACUCAGCCUGUCUCUCGAAUACGGAGAUGGAAGAUGUCGACGCUGAUGAGAUCGCCAAUAUCUUAUCACAGCUGAGAUGAGAAACCAUCUAUGCUUGCGCGGAUGGACUGCCCCGCAGCGUUUCCGGCAAAAGCUUCGACUUCGACGCAAUGAGGCCAGCCAACUCCACCAUUGGAACAUUGCGCAAAAUCUCGGAAACAUCGACGAGACUGUCCACUCCAUACGUGUUGAUCGGUCGGGCACUAUCGAGAUCCUCAAGCUCCAUCAUCAAGCUCUUCGCAAGCUUGCCCAUCAAGGCCGAGCAGACGGCACCUUUUGCGUCGUCUAAGCUCGCCGCGGCCCCAAGUAUACUUGCGAAAUCCGCGGCCGCCGUACUCUUCGCGUGGUCUUUCGGACCGGCAGCAUUCUGUAAUUGUGUGUCGUACACACUUAGCGGAGCGAAGCGUGCAUCCGUAAACCAGUAAGGGUCGUCAUCACCAUUGGCCUUGACCAAUCCACCGC